UAGUAGUAUUAAUUUUCAAUUGAAAAUUAUAAAAAACAUUAACUAAUUGAGAGUUAAUACAUUUUUUCACUUUUUAAGUAUUGAAAGUUCAAAAGUCAGUUGUUUUAAUAUAUCACAAAAUCACAAAAAUGGAUUUAAAUAGUUUUUGCAUAUGUUUAGCGGAUACGUGUAUAAUAUUAUUUAAUCUUAAUAAAUCUUAGGUGUUAUAAUUGAAAUGCCCAAAAAUUAUUAUUUUGUCCGAUCUGGCUACAGUGGAAAAUGUUAUAAAAACCGCUCAUUUUGAGGCGCUCUCACACUGGAAAGAGUUGGGAAUCCCAUUAUCCCUGGAGUUAGUGUGUAUUGGUUGGUAAGCGUUAGUUGGGUGGUAGUUAGCAUUAUUAUUGUUAUCAUUUGUAAAAUUAGGAGGGUUGUUUGCAUGUCACGAGUAUUUUUAUAUUUGUGUAAGUACAUCCACAUAUAUAUAUGUACAUAUGUACAUACAUUGAGGGUCUAUUUGCUGCAGUAGCACUAUGCAUCACGUGCACUUACGAUAGUAAUACAAUAAUUUUUCUUAAAAGCUAAUGAAUAUUGCUAUAUUUCACCCUAGAGACAUUUAGAUUCAGAAUAUCAUAACCCGAAUCAAAAUAAAAUUUGUGAAAUUUUAAUUCGAGGAAUAAUCAAAUGGGUACAGAAGAGAAAUUUCAUAAGCGUAAAAGUGAAAUAUGUUCAAGUGUACUCAAUAUAUUACAAAUAGCUCAUAAUAUGCUACGUGUGCAAUUUGUUUGCAAAUUCAGUGUUAUACAUAGUACACAAAAAAAGUGAAAAUGUAAUGUACUUAAAAUCAAUGCAUACAGAGAAGGGUUUAAUAGCAUAUGCGUAUGCCUUAAAACCGUUAAGUGAGUUUCGCCUAAAAAUAUGUAGUAUGAAAUAUAAAAAAUUGAACAUAAAAUAAACUGAUAGCACGAAAGUAGGCAAUGGAGCAACGGGCGACCUUGUGUCAUUUCAACUAAUAGCCGGGCCAAUCUAUACAACCAAUACUUCAACAACAUCAGCCAUAAUUAAAGCGAAUUAAAAUUUAAAUAAUUAUAAAAAGGUAUCUGAAAGAGCAGACAUUUUAUAUGUCCUCAACGGUACCAUGCAAUUAUUUCGUAGUAACGCUUGUGUUCCAUUGUCGAUGUCAGCGAAAUGGUGCAGUCUAGCGUAUACAUCUGUAUAAAUCCUAACUAAGAUUCCAUUUGGUACUCCUCAUGAAGAGCUUAUCGCAACAGCACAAUAGUGCCCAGUAAAAUAUUUUUGGAAAAAAUAAAUCGAUUUGAUAACAAAAGAGCUUGAAAAGUGGAAUAGCGGAGUUAAAAACGUUUACUAUGUUUUUCACAAUCAAACAAAUAUCGAAUCGGAGCAGAAUGUAACUUUUGGUUUCUCAAUUGAGUUUUAAAGAGAGACAAUUAUAAACAGACAAACACAAAACAUAACUACCUAAAUGAAUUUAAUUUAACGUCAUCACAAUGUACCUAUUCACUGCACUGGACGAAAAAACGCUACUACAUCUCAAAUUAUUGCUAAAUAUAUCUACUUUGAGAAGUGUGAAAGCAACAAUUAGAACUAUAAAAAUUAGAAGACGUACAAUUGCCCUGACUACAAAAAGAAAAUACAGAGCAAAAUUACAGAAGCAUAGCACCGUUGCUUAUUCUAAUGUAAAUUUAUAUACAAUAAGAGUUCAACUAUCUCUUCCCUUAAAAUGUCAAAAUAAAACCCAAACGGAUUUAACUGUUAGAUAUGGAUGUAUGAUAAUCAUGAGUAAACCUUUAUAACCUUAUAAUCAUUUAUCAAAAAUUACUACCAUAUAAGAAAAUACAGUAACCCAACAAUCAAUCAUUGCAGCGCUAAGUACUGAGAAUUGAAACGUACGCUAAACUACAUCCAAGCAAUGCAGAAUAUACCAACCUUGUAGAGGGUAUUAAUAUCUACGAAAAUUAAAAUAAAAUCUUUAAUUAAAAACUGAAGAAGUCGAUCUUUUACUAAAUAUGUAAAUUUAUACAUAUGUAUUUAUUUACAUAAUUUUACAAUAUGAAUUAUUAGAUGUAAUUAAAGUACAUAUGAUAACUGAAUUAAGCGUCCAGAGCAAGGCUUAAAUAUGACGUCUCAUUCACAAAGCAACUACUAUUACAACAAUGAAAACGAUGCCUUAUCCUGCAAUAGCCGACCAAUUAAUAGCACUUUACAUAGAGAAAGUAGUAAUGAGCAAUAUAAAAACAACGUUGAUAUAUAUAAUUACAGUAAUACAAACGACAUCACCAACGGCUCCAGAGGAUCAAGAGACAUUAUAAUGCAGCGGAAGUCUUACGAACCUGGUAGUGACAUAUACGUGGAUAGUAACAGAGAAUGUGUGAAUACAUGUGGAGGUGAUAUCGAUUUAUUAUUACAAAGGGGUGCCACAAUAUCAACCAAAUCAUUAACAUCUAUGACUUUGCAAAGAGACUAUAGUAAUGGGAGCAGUUAUAUCAUCAAUGACAACCUAAACGAUCAAAAUCGCGUAUACAAUAGUUACAUUAACGAUAGCUAUAGGAAUGAAGGCAUCGUAAAUAGUACAGCUUAUUGCUACAAUAUUCCCAUUAGUACUAUAAGUGAUGAAAAUACAGUGGGAUUUAACCACGAUACCAGUGGAUACAGUGCCGGGUACACCAGUUGGGAGAAUACCCUCCAUAAUGAUGAGUAUCUUAGCGGACGACAUAAAUCCAUUGGCAGUACGAAAGUAUUGCCAUGCAUACCAACGGAACAAAGCAGCGGCUGGCGGGAUGGUUUGUAUGAAUAUGAUGACAUGAAAAUGCAAGCACAAUGUUAUGAUGCGAACAUUCCUCUAACGAAAUCAUCUAUAUUACCGUUACAAACAAUAGGGGCGGUACGAAUGUCACCCAAUGUAGGUGCAAAUGAGAGCCUCACUAAAUCAUAUGGCGGCGCGGUUGCUUGUUCAACUUCGGAUACUACUGUGUAUAAAAAUAUUGGUAUUAAGGAGGGUGCUAAAGACCUUGCUUGUAGUGGUCCGGCGCCCUUGCGUUUAUUGCCACAGCUUCAUCUUAACCAGGAAUGUGGGAAUGUAAAUCGUAGGAAAACAGUAGACGGUCAUAAUACUGGGACAAUGAUGUCUUUAUCAACAGAAAUUACACCGACGACUUCAACUAAUUUUUGCAAGGAUACAUGCGACAAUACGACAAUAAUAAAAAACUACGGACAUAUUUAUGGCAAUACGUAUUAUAAAAGCAGGAAUACCUCCGCAGUUUCAACUUAUAGUGAAACUUUAUUGCAACGGCAAUAUGUAUCGAUGACACCCCAAUGCAAUAUGGAAUACGAUGGUUGCAGUACAUCAUACAAUACUGCGUACAACAAUAGUAAUACAGCUGACAUGGCGGCAUAUUCCGCAGAAACAGCACAAAAGUUACAGCUACAGCAACAACGCAAAUAUGCAAUUAUGAUGGCAAUGACUACGGCGUCUGUGAUAGCGUCCGGCGAAACGCGUGUGCCGGUGAAACGUUCUAUCGAAUGUAAUGUGACGACUCAUAGUGAAAAUGUGAACGUCGCACAGACUGAUUCUGUAGCAUUAAAAGCUCAAGCUUUUGGCGGCUAUGAUAUUUUUAGUAAUGAAGCGAAUACUACGUCGUCAAGUAAUAUUCUACGUAAUACAAGUUCGUCGGUUACAACCCAUUUGACAAUGAAAACACCAUCAACGCUCACACUAACGACUUCAUCUAGAAAAUUGCCAAAACGUCUACCCACACCAAAAACAAAAAUUAAUAAUAACAAUAGCAACUGCCACGACAAAGUGAAUGGUGUUAACAAGAAACUACCACAAUUACCAUUUGAAAAAGAAACACCGACCGCUGAUAAUGUGGACACAGUGAUGUCGCAAGUUGUGAAUAUGAGCGAUAUGUCUGCAGUAUCAACGACAAAAAGUACAAUAGAAACAUCGCAAAUUAAAUCAACUAAUGCAAUUGCAAUAACAACCACAUUCCCUUCAUUAUUGACAGACACAUGUAGUGCAUCUAAAUCAAUAACAUGUAUAGAAUCAUUAACAACAUCAACAGCAUCAGUAUCAUCACCAACAUUAAUAGCAUCGUAUUCAACAUCAUAUCUACCAUAUAUGUCGAAUGUAACAGCAACCAAAGCAACAAGCAAUGCAUGCGAAACUACUGACUUUACUUCAACAACAAAUGGUAAAAAACAUUUAACAACAAUACCGUCGCCAACUUCAGCGAAAGAUAGUGAAGUUUUUGCGCAUAGCAAAAUUAACAGUUACAUCAGUGUUUACAAUAACAAUAACACCUUUGGUAAAUAUGAUAUUGAUAAGGAAAACAGCCUCAAUUACAGCAAUAAUAAUAGUGUUAUCAUAUCACCAACAUCAACUGUAUUAUCAGUAACAACAACAAUGCUAACGAAUACAACAUCUUCGCUUUCAGGCGAUCAUCCUUUUUAUUUCAAGCAACAGCCCGGUUUUUUUACAAAUAUGAGCACUAGUAGCGGAAACAUUGAUGAUAGCAUUGCGUUUAAACAUUCUAGUAUAUAUGCUAAUGUAUAUGAUAAUUUUUUACAGACAACUGCAUCCACAUCAUCCAAUUCGCCACCAUCGUCGCCUUCCAUAAAAAUUCCACCAAAUACGUGUAAUAAAGUAGUUAAUCCAACAUUAUUAGAGACCACAGAUGCCAUUAAAAGUACAAUAGAUCGCGCAAGCGAUAUUUCAUCAAUAACUGUAACGCCAUUAACCACGCCAUCAUCAACAUCAACAACAACAACACCAACAACAAAAAGAUCAGUCAUGUUUUUUCCAUGUAGUAGUGACCAAAGUAAUAGAAUUAUACGUAAUGUUAAACCUAAUGAUAACUUAAGUACUAGUACUGUCGUAGGACUCAAAAAUAGUAUAGCUAUGAGUACCGAUGAAAAUUCAUUUGCCAAUACUUAUAAUCUAAAUGCUAAGGGUAUAUUUGAUACAACAAUGUCUAAAAUUUAUGAUGAAUAUCUUAAAAAUGCUGGUGAAAGUUAUUUAAUAUCGACUGCAACAACUUUAUCAACGUUAACAACAACAGUUACCACGUUAUCUGUGACGAGUUGUGCACCAUCAAGUACAAGCAUAGCAGUUGCAACAACAUGUGAUACACUCGAGUCACGGCCUUUCACAUUAAAUACGUUAUAUAAAAUAUCGGUAACACCAACAACAACAGCUUCUCCUGUAACUUCAUCGUCGUUUGAUGUCAGAAAUGCCUCGAAUCUAAAAACGUUAUCAACAACAACGGAUUCAACUACGCCAUUUAUUGGACAUGAUGUGACAUGGUCAGAAAAUUUAUUACAAAAUGAUUCUCAUAGCAUAAUCACAACCACACCAUCAGUAGUAACAUCAUUGCCCAAUAAUAAUGUUGGGCCAUUGCUCACAACAACUGUUGAAUUAGCGAAUAUGGCGAUAACGACAACAAUCAAAAACACAGUUAGUAUCGCUGACACGAUUACGCCAAAAACGUAUACGGAUUAUUUGGCAAAGUAUGAAAUGCCAAUAUUAUCAAUGGUUGAUAGUAGCGGUGGCAGUUUAAACAGUGAUACAACAAACCUAAAUAUAAGCGACAAACUCUACAGUAAAUACUAUGCAAUGUUGCAUACAUUUGAUAUGAAUGCGUAUACAUUACCCACAACAGAUGUAAGCACUAUACCAAAUGCAAACUUUACUUCCCUAAGCGAGGCUAGCGUUGAAAACGUUAUGACUACUACUUCAGUUGCCGCAGUAAGCAAGUACGAUAAUAUUUCAGAGACGUAUAAAGUGUCUGGCGAUAUCUGUUCAUUGACAACAUCAAAAACAUGUACCACCACAACGAAAACCAUUUAUAGUGACGACAGUAUUACAUUUUCAUACCCAAUCAUAAAUAAGAGCGUUGAUACAGCUAUUACAACGGCCCUGUCAGCAUCAGUAACGGUACCGUCACUCACUUCGGCUUUUGAUGAUAGUUUUUACGAUAGCUAUAAUGUUGAUUGGUCAUCGUUGGCAGCACUUACCACUAUUGACAAAUCGAAUACCGAAAUGUCAACAAAGCCUGAAAUAGCAACAACCGACAUAAUGGUUUAUAAGGAUGAUACCAUUACAACCGCUGCUAGCGUUAGCAUAAGCGGAGGUACACAAGGUAGUUAUUAUCGCCCAUCUAUGCCAACAAAUGCAGAUGCAUAUACAAAACAAAGCUCAGCAAUAACUACUUUAUCAGUUGCGGACACAACAUUAUCGCCACCUACACUUAAUGUUACUGAUAAGGCUACUGGUAUGUUUGGUGGUAUUUCUAAAGGUUUCAAAGGCGGGCUCGACGGUGUGCUUAGCAGUGUAAAUACUGCAACAGCCAAAAGUGAUUCAGAUUCAAAACAACAACAGCCGAAAAGGAGUGGAUUCGGAUUUGGUUUGGCCUCGAAAUUCGUUCCAAAUGUAGGUGGCUUGUUUGCCGGCACGACGACUCUCGUGCAGCAGACAAGCGCGGUUGUACAACCAACAAAUAUAAGUGUCAAUGUGACUAGUACAAUUCCAAAAAUAACUACAACAACCACAACAUUAAAUACGACCACACUAAUGGAUAGUUGUGGUUAUGGUUCCUACGGUAGUACUACAGUUGCAACUACUCUUGAAGAGACCAACGGGCAAAUAAAUAGUUGCGCUGUCAUCAGUAACUACAGUGAACCAUUGUAUACGAACAGUCAUGACGAUAAUAUGAUAUUUUCGUAUGAUAUGAGAGACAAUGCUUUACAUGGUCAGCAGAGGCAAUCUGUAAAAUCUGAUGAAAUGAUGUUGGCUGCUUCGCACAUGAUGUCUGAACACAUCGGAAAUUAUGGUAAUAUAGAUGACAUUAUGUACGUGCAGCCACAUGAAAUUCAUUCUCUAUUGCCUUUAAGUGAAGUGGUGAGAAAUGAUAUUAGAAAAACUGGCCUAAAUAGCUAUGCAUAUAAAGUUAGCUAUGAUGUUGCUGAUGUGGCGCCUGUUGCGGCCGCGAAUGAAGAAUAUGGCCAAGUUAAGUAUAAUGAAUAUGUAGCGGAUAUACACCAAGCUGUUGAUGAUAUGGAAAAUGUUUCUCAUGUAGAGCAAAUCAACGAAGAAAUGCAUGUUGGUGUAAUUGAUGGUAGUAUGAUUAGUACAUCAGGUUAUGUUGAAAAUGAUAUGACGACUACAUAUUACCAUCCACAGCAACAAAUUAACCGCGAACAUACGCCACAGCAACAACAACAGCAGGAGGAAGGUCUAAAUAACACUAGAUUGCAAAAUACAUCGUCACUUGCGCAAAAGGCUUCCUCAUCUCUCUUACCAGCGAUUUCGAAUCUCACUGCACAUGUAAAUAACCAACGACCACUUACAAGCAGCGCAAGUAGCACCAAUAGUAAGCCAUCGUUAACAGUGAAGCCUGUUAAGCCUAGCACCGGUAGUAGUGGUGGUAUGUUUGGUUCAUUUCUAGGAAAAGCAGCUGCUGCUGUACAGUCUGCAACACAAGUUGUCAAUCAGGCUACCACAUCCGUACAACAAAAGGCUGCAACAGUUAUAGCGCCUUCAUCAACAGAAAUAGCUGUAACGACUGCAACAAUAUCAACAGCAUCGGUUGCAACAACUAAUCAUCAGAAAAAAUUGCUUUCACAACAAAGCACAAUAUCACCAAGCUAUUAUUCUGCUACCACAACAAUGGCCGAGGAUUAUGACAAUAGAAAUUUGUACAACUACAAAAAUAAUGUAGAAACAGCAGAAACAACAGUUACAGCAAGUAACUCAAUGUCUGUUACAGAUGCUGCAGGACGACAAUACACCAAUUACAUUUUGCAUGGUAAUCAAGAUCAACUCCAAAAGCAACAAAACUGUAAAAUAUUGCCGUCGGUGCCCACAGCUGGAUCCACAGGUAAAAAGUUGCCCGCCAUCAAUAGCAGUAAAUCCGGGUUUUUAAUAAAGCAACAGCCAACGGAAAUCUACGACGAAGAUCUAAUUAUUGAUCUAGUGACUGAUACCAGUCAACAUCAUUUGAUCGGCUCCGCUGAUGAACAUAACGAUUUGCUCGACGACGGCGAAACCGUCGACGAACUAAGUGAAAAUAAUUUGAGUAAUAUAGAUGUAGAUGAUAAUGAUGAUUUGGAUUUGUAUUCCGUUGAUAAUCGCAUUGGUCGAGAGCUGAGCCACAAACAGCAAAGCUUACGACAAAUUCAGCAAAUUUAUGACAUCGAUAGUGAGCAGGCUAAUUACUACUCGGACCCCCAGCUGCAGGAAGCACCGUCGGAUUCCCAACAAAAGUUGUCUCAACAUCUCCAACGAGGCUUAGCUACCAAUGGUUAUUAUGAGCAUACAAAUGGUGGUUAUGAUUAUCGCGAGGAUUAUUUUAAUGAAGAAGAUGAGUAUAAAUAUCUUCAGAAAGAACAGGAAAUACUUUUUCAACAACAACAGCAAAACUUACUGAAACAAAAACAGCAACAAAAAUAUCAAUAUGAGGAUUCUAGCGAUAUUUAUAUGGAAGAUAAUUACCAAAGCGAAGACAGUGGCAAUUAUCUAGAUGAAAGUUCGAGCAGUAGUGUUGUUGGUGGAGCGGCAAACGCUUUAGCAAGUAAAUUACAUUCAAUACAAAUCGCUGAAAUACCAAUUAGUGGAGAGCAUGAUAAAAUGUUGAAUGAUUUGAACACAUUACCUAUUGUACCAACAACAGAUAACUCCUCUGGUAUGAUCAAUGGGAACGCUGCUGCUGCUUUACCGUCAUCGUCCCAUCAACAUCAAAUCAAAAAACAGGAUAGCAUAAUUGUAGAGGAGGAUGAAGAAGACAUGUUGCUCAAUGAUAUCGGUGUCAACAAUAGUGUAAUAUGUAAAGAUCAACAGCCGCAUAGUCGUAAGUCAAGCCAUGAGUCACUAAUUGAAAAUGAAAAUGACACAAUGUGCGAAUUGCCGUCCAUUCCCGCUGUAACACCCAAGAAAAAAAUCCUCGUACGCGGUGAAACCGAGGAAGUGGUCAGCGGGCACUUGCAUAUGCUCCGCAAGUCAGAGAUUACAGCAAAGCAGCGUUGGCAUUGGGCCUACAAUAAGAUUAUAAUCCAAUUAAAUUGCUAAUGUUGGAACAAUUCACUUUAGAACAAGUGAUGAAGGGGUAAGUUCGGGUGUAACCGAACAUUUUUAAAUCUCACAAUUUGCAAGGAUUAAAGCCGGGAAAAUAUUCUCAGGUAUUGGCUCAACCCUAUAAUAAAUGUCGCGUAAGAACAUUUUCAAAUUAACAUUUAUUAUUCGAAGAAACUGAAUGGAGUACAAUAAAAUUUGGUGUCUUAUUAGCUUAUGUAUAAUAUAAAUCGUAGACUCACUCAGUUUCAUUAGUACAUUUUGCUUGGUGUCCGAAAUAUUUAUUAAAAAACCAAAUAAAAUAAAUCAAAUGAGGAUCAAAUGUUAAAAAAUACAAAUAAAA